AUGGGUAAAGGAGACGUUAAGAAGGCUGUUAAGUCAGCCAGCAAGGAAAAGAAGGGGAAGACCGAUGUGAAGGCCGUGAAGAGCAAGAAGGAAGUGAAGGAGGUGAAGAAGGCCGUUAAGGCCAAGGAGGAGAGCGAGAGUGAGAGCGAUUCGAGCGACUCGAGCGACUCUGACGAUUCUAGUGAUUCUGACGAUUCUGACGAUUCUAGCGAUUCUAGCGAUUCCAGCGAUUCCAGCGACUCUGACUCUGACGACUCUUCUGACUCUGACUCUUCUGAUUCCGAGUCCGAGGAAGAAAAAAAGGAAGAGAAGAAGCCAGAGCCAAAGAAGGAGGAGUCUGAGAGCUCCGAUAGCGACAGCUCUGACGACUCGGACAGCGACAGCGACAGCUCUGAUUCUGACAGUUCUGACAGUUCUGACGAGGAGGAGGAGAAGAAGGAGGAGAAGAAGGAAGAAAAGAAGGAAGAGAGUUCUGACAGCGACAGCUCUGACUCUGACUCGUCUGAUUCCGAUUCUGAUUCCGAUUCUGAUUCCGACUCUGAUUCCGAUUCUGAUUCUGAUUCUGACUCUGACUCCGACUCUGAGUCUAAGUCCUCGUCCAAGUCAUCGUCCAAGUCUGAGUCCUCGUCCGACUCCUCGUCCGAGUCUGAGUCCGAUUCGCGUAAGAGAAAGGCCGACGCCGAGCCAGAAACCCCAUCCAAGAAGCCUAAGGAGGUCACCACUCUGUUUGUCGGAAGACUGGCGUGGGCAGUCGACGACCAGAGACUCUUGGAGGAGUUCCAGGCGUUUGAUGGUGUUUUGGCAGCCAGAGUGAUGACUGAGCGCGAGACCGGCCGUUCCAGAGGAUACGGAUACGUCGACUUCGAGUCGAAGGAGCAAGCAGAAAAAGCAUUGGAGGAGUUCCAAGGCAGAGAGAUCGAGGGAAGACCAAUUAAUUUAGACAUGUCCACCUCCAAGCCGCAGACCCCGUCCCAGAACCAGAAAUUCCAAGAUAGAGCCAAGAAAUACGGAGACACUCCAUCGCAGCCUUCCGACACCCUGUUCAUCGGAAACCUGUCGUUCCAGGCCGACAGAGACACUUUGAAGGAGUACUUUGACCAGCACGGAACUGUCUUGGGCAUCAGAAUUCCAACCCACCCUGAGUCUGAGCAACCAAAAGGAUUUGGAUAUGUUCAGUUCAGCUCGGUGGACGAGGCCAAGGCCGCUUUGGACGCCUUGAACGGCGAGUACAUUGCCGGCAGACCUGUUCGGUUGGACUUCAGUGCUCCAAGAGACCCUAACGGAGGCUCUCGUGGAGGCACUCCAACUCCUCGUGGAACUCCUCGUGGUGGAUUUGGCGGUAACCGUGGAGGAUUCGGCGGCAACCGUGGCGGAUUCGGCAGAGAACGUUCCAGUGGAAGCGGUGCCAAUUCCGUCCCAGUCGCUUUCAAAGGCAAAAAGAAGACAUUUGACUAA